UUCUCUUUCAGGCUGCAGGGGCUGUUCUAACCUAUGUGGGAGCCAUCUUGAUAUCCACCUAUAGAAACUACACCAACUUCUUUCAGGAUAGAUCUGUUGUGUUACCAGCUUUGGUGAUCAUUGCCAUAGCCCUUGUAAUGUUUGUUAUUGGUGUUAUUGGAUGCUGCUCAACUCUGAGGGAAUCUCGCUUUGGAUUGGGAUUGUUUAUGAUUGUACUGUUGAUCAUCUUUGCUGCCGAAGUGUCUGCCUUUGUUCUGGGAUUUGUCUACAAAGGAAAGGUGCAUGAAGGUGUGGAUUCAACUAUGACUGCUGUCUUUUCAAAAUAUGAUGGCAAGAAUGCUGAGAGCAAGACUGUGAACUACUUGCAGGAACAGAUGGCAUGCUGUGGGUUGAAAAACUACACCUAUUGGAAUACCACUAAUUGGUUCAUCAAGGGCAACCAGACUUACCCCCUCAGCUGCUGCAAGCAUCAAUUCUCCAACUGCACAGGAAGCCCAAGUCAUCCUGAGCUCCUCAAUACAGCAGGAUGUGAGAUGAAGUUGGAGACUGGCCUUGAAUCCAUUCUGAGUUAUGCCAUGCUAGUUAUCCUGGGAUUUGCCAUAAUCAAGUUUUUUGGAAUGAUCAGCAUUUGUGUGAUUGGCUGCAGACAAAAACAGAUGGAUUACCAACCACUUCCUUCUGGAAUAUAUGCAUGAAGAAAAUCUCCAGCUUUAAGAACUUGGUGAAACCUUGCACUCCAUUGUUCAGACCCACCAAACUGGAAACUUUGGUAUUUCUCCAUAAAAUGGAAGCUAUCACCACAUUCACAUCUACCCAGUCUCUGAAGUGUGUACUUUGCAAUGAACAUUCUGUGCAGAUUAUAAUCUCUCUAAUACCUUUCUCCCCUUUUUUAACUUUGCUUUUGAUGUGGCUUUGUGUUGAAUUACAACUAAUGUACACUCUUCUGAAUCAUUUGAAAUUGUUAAAUGCUGGGUUUUUUUUGGAUUGAGCAAACUGAAUUUCUCUAGGGUGGAGGUGUGAAAACUAGGGAUUGAACCACUAUUUGUUUGGAUUAAUGAACUACUUUUUCCUGCACAAGUGGAUUUGGUCUUGACCACCAUAAUGUGAAUCGGUUUAUAUCUGGGAUUUUAUUGCAUUCUGUAAAUACUGUAGCCACUUUGGCUUUAAACAACUAAUCCUGUUCUCUCUGCACAAGUAAUUGCAGUAAGAAUUUAAUCUUUUGAACAGAAGCUGGAUUUCUUUUGAAAUUAACCAUGCUUGCAUGUGUUUUCACUUUUCAGCUAUAACUAAGAAUCUGAUCUGAAUAACUAAUUUGUCAGCUGCAGUGUAAAUACACAAAAAUAGCUGCACUAAAUCUGUGCAUCCUCUUCAAAAUGAAUUCACUUUCUUUUUAACUGGUAUCUUAAAUGUGUUCUUAUAGCCAAUUGUCACAUUUUUUGGUCUGAACAGAUGCAAGGUCUGAUUGCAUUAGUGUAUGUUGAAUAUUAAGAAAAUGUAAAUCAAUACUUCAGAACUGGUGGUGGAAGAGAUUGCAUUUGUAUGCCACCUAUUUGCUCCAUACAUUUAACUCCUGAAUAUCUCCGUUUUGUCACAGAUUGCUAAUUAGCAACUGAAUCAAUCCCUCCAUUUCAUUCCACUGAGACUGACCAAGAUUCAAGUGCAAAGCUUAAGUUUAAAUCUGCUCAAUUUAACUAGGCUGUCAGUUACACAAACAAUGUAAAAUAAAUCAUUGUAGUAAACAGCUUUGUAAAAACAUUUUGCUAUGAUUUUAGUGCUUCUCUGAAUAAAUGACUUACUGUUUUGUGUA